AUGGAUCCAUUACCCCAGGACAAAACACCGUCGCGACAAAUCCGUGCGGAUAUCACCGAAAUGGCUGCGAAGGCUCUAGUCGAUAAAAAUAUCCCUCUUGUAGAGUGGGGAUCACAGAUACAGUACAGAUGUGGAUACCCUUUGAUCCUUAGACUUGUUGAAUGGGCGGUGCCCGAUGCGCUGCUAUCGCUCGCAUCCCAGACCCUAUCAGACCGGGGCAUUCCUUGUAUUCCCCCAUCCGCAGAGGCUACUGCGAUAUAUGGACAAUGGGAACGAGCAGGCUUUGUUCACAGUCUAGAUCCAACACCGUAG